UAUGUUCCGCCCAAGCUGGCGUUACCACCUUGCUACGGAAUGUGUUGCUUUAGUUCCAGUGAAUGUCUCCCAACCUCAUGAUGACAUUCGAACCGUGCUGCAGCUGAACUUUUAACUAGGAGCUCUUAAUACAGCACAUGGUGAAGUCCUGAGGAUUGUUUUUCUCCUUACUCUGUGGGCUUCUUCAGAGCUUUCUGUUGCAGUUUGUUUUUAACAGUAGCAAAUUAAGGAUGGAAUUCCAAAGCAGAGGGCACUCCUAUGUCAUUCCAGAGAACGAAGAAAUCUCACACACGCAUCAGAAUGUGCACAAUGACCAUGGAAAUGAAGGCGAGAGAGCAGUAUCAAAGUUGCAGCGUAGGCACAGUGACGUAAAAGUAUACAAAGAGAUAUGUGACUUUUAUGCAAGAUUCAACAUGGCAAAUGCUCUGGCAAAUGCCAUGUGUGAGCGCUGUCGAGGAGGCUUUGCACCUUCAGAGAAGAUUGUCAACAGCAAUGGUGAAUUGUAUCAUGAGCAGUGCUUUGUGUGUGCUCAGUGUUUCCAGCAAUUUCCAGAAGGACUCUUUUAUGAGUUUGAAGGAAGGAAAUACUGUGAACAUGACUUUCAGAUGCUUUUUGCCCCUUGCUGCCAUCAAUGUGGGGAGUUCAUUAUUGGUCGUGUUAUUAAAGCUAUGAACAAUAGCUGGCAUCCAGAAUGCUUCUGCUGUGAUAUCUGCCAACAGGUACUGGCAGACAUUGGAUUUGUGAAGAAUGCUGGCAGGCACCUUUGCCGUCCUUGCCAUAACCGAGAGAAAGCCAGAGGACUGGGGAAGUACAUUUGCCAGAAGUGCCACGCCAUCAUUGAGGAACAACCACUCAUCUUCAAAAAUGACCCUUACCAUCCUGAUCAUUUCAAUUGUGCCAACUGCGGAAAAGAACUUACUGCUGAUGCUCGAGAACUGAAGGGGGAGUUGUACUGUUUGCCUUGCCAUGACAAGAUGGGGGUCCCCAUCUGUGGAGCAUGCAGAAGGCCUAUUGAAGGGCGAGUGGUGAAUGCCAUGGGCAAACAGUGGCACGUAGAGCAUUUUGUUUGUGCAAAGUGUGAGAAACCAUUCCUAGGCCACCGUCAUUAUGAGAGGAAGGGCCUGGCAUAUUGUGAAACCCAUUACAAUCAGCUCUUUGGUGAUGUUUGCUUUCACUGUAAUCGUGUGAUUGAAGGUGAUGUUGUGUCAGCUUUGAACAAGGCAUGGUGUGUGAACUGCUUUGCGUGCUCCACUUGCAACACGAAGUUAACACUCAAAAACAAAUUUGUGGAAUUUGAUAUGAAGCCUGUCUGUAAGAAGUGCUAUGAGAAGUUUCCUUUGGAGCUUAAGAAGAGACUGAAGAAAUUGGCUGAAACUUUGGGAAGGAAGUGAGGUUCUGCCUCACACCUCAUCUUGCUGCGCAAAAAUUAGAAAAUGGUAGUGAUAUUACAGACUUAUUUUUGUUGAGCCUAUGAAUUCUAAGGGUAGAAAAAGUAUUCCUUUCUGCAUGUUAAGCUUCAUACUAAAAUGUUUGCCCUCGCUACCUUGAAGAGAUACCUCUGAAAAACCUUUACAUCUUGUGUAACCUCAUAUACAAUCAUUUUAGAUGCUGUAUUUUACAAUUAUAUAUAUUUGUAGAUGUAUACAUUGUAUUUGCAUACUAAUGGCCUUUAUACUGCUGUGGGAUCCAUUUGAGUAGAUAUUUGGUGCUACAUAGCCCUAUGGGCACAAUCUAGCAAAUCUGUCUGCAUGUAGUCAGGUUAGUGUUUUGUGUUUGAUCCCAGCAGCAACCCUCAUCAAACCUCAUUUUAAAUAGGUUGGCUUGAUGGUGGGGGUUAUGGGGAGAACUGCUAGAGAGGAAUAAUCCAGAUUGGUGGUUCCCAACCUGGGGGCCUCCAGAUGCUGCUGCAUGACUGCUUCCAUCAGCCCCCAGCUACAACUUACUCUGGUGGCCCAAAGUGGAAAAUGGUAACAUACUGCUAUCAGUGGAGAGAGAGAGAGAGCGCGCUAGGGAGCUGUAGUUCAUCAACAUCUGGAGGCCCCCAGGUUGGGAACCACUGAUCCAGACCACAUGCAGGUAGGUAGCUUUUAUCACCUACAUGAGAAAUUCACUAGACAAUGGCCAUAAAACUGAAUUCUUACAGAUGCAUAUGAUUAAAAUGCGCACACACCCUCAUCCUCUCUUAGAUUCAGUAUUAAAAGUUGGGCUCUUCUAACAAAGCUCUUGAGGUGGAAAGAAGGCCUUAGAAGAAGGAUUCCAGCUGCUGAGUUAAUUUUUAAACAGCUGUGUUGCUUGCUAUGAACCUCAAGAAUUGUAAGACCAAUGCCUAGAAACCAUUUGGUUUUGAAACAAGGAGUUCUUGUUGUUUGCCUUCUGUUUGUGAGCUUACUACAGCCAAGUUUUCAGACUCUGUGCUGUCUUGUGAGGGCUGGAAAGCUUAACAAGCGAGCAUUCUCAACAUUUAGGAAGAAUCCUUAUUCUACCAGGAGGCUGCUUGGACCCUUUUUGCUAACUUCUCUGAAAGAAUCCCAAAUAGGUCAAUUAUGGAGGUGUUGUUCCAGUUCUUGGUUUGAAUCCUAAUGAAAUGUUUAUAUUGCAAAAUACAACAAAUGCAGAAAUGUUGUGCUGGUCAAAGCAAUGUAAUCUCUAUACAACAGAUAGAAGGCUGUAGUUCUUAAACAACUGUAGCAGGACUAGUCCAAAAUGCACUGCUUGAAGACUGCAGCCCAAAGUGGAAAAUAGGAAUACACACACCUACUUGAUCCUUCAGAGUAUAGAGACAUGUUCAUAUGUGCUUUUGUAUUUCUUGUUGUUUCCUUGUUGUGCCUUAUUCUGCUAUAUAUGCAAUAUUAGUCAGAAUAUUUACCCUUUAUAUACUGAUACUUUGUAUUUUGAUGCAGAAUAUAUAUGCCAGGUCUUUCCAAAGAUGGCAUGCAUUUUGAACUUUUUUUAAAAGAUGAAAAAUAAUUGAGUUUUUCAAAGCAUUUUUUCUCUAAUUAGUUAACUUAAAACUAGCUUAACCUGAGCAGAGCUUCCGCACUCUAGUACUUGAUUGCUGCCCUCACCCCCUGCCACAGCCCCACUCACCUCAGAGAUCUCCCCACCCUCACCUGAGCUGCACUUCUGUUUCUCCUCCAUCCCGUAGCUUCUGUAGCCCCAAACAGUAGCCCCAAACAGAAGCAAUGGUUGACUGGGCCCUACCUUGCUGCUGGUGCCGCCAUAGCUGCUCAUUCCCCCAGGCUGCUGACAGGCUCGGGCCCGUCCCUCACCCUUCCUUCUGUCUCUCUUCCCCUCCCUUCUUUCUCUCUCUUGCUCUCUCCUCUAGUGGUGUACAUGGUCCGGUAGAAGCCCAGUCCGGCACUUGCGGGGGUGUCUCUUUAAGGGGGGGCGGUAGUACUUACACACACACCCCAGUGCUGGUGCUUUUAAAGAUCU